CCAUGUUUCCUGAUGGGGCCCUGCCCGACCAGGGUUCUCACCUACCCCAGAGCCUGGACAACUGGCUGGAUCUCUCCCUCAGAGUCAGAAAGUAUCCCAUUUCUUUCUUCCAAGGCCCCUCAAACCUCCCUCCAAACAGGCAGGGCCCAGUCACCUUCCCAGGAUGGAGCUGCCGGGACACAGAGACUGGGGUACCAGCCAGGGACACAGCACAGCCUGGCAAAGCCAGCUCAGGGCUCACACCUCCCAGACACCAGAGCAUCAGACCAGGGCCCAGAGCCUCACACACCAGGGAGGGAGUAGACAAGGCCCUGCUAAGUCCUCUCCACUCAGGGCUGGCCUCAACACCCCUGAGCCCCGAGUUCUGGCUCCAUUGAGUGGCUGUGCAGAUGGCGGCGAGGGCAGCGCGUCUGGAGAGAUGCUCCAAGUCUGGGGCUCUGGCCCAUCAGCGCUCGGGCUCCAGUUUCGAGACCUUGGCUCUCACUACGGGAACCCCCAGAUUCUGCAAAGGGGGCAGGAACCCGUCACCGCAUUGUUCAGUGAUGAAAACCGAGGGCUGCAGGAGUGCGGUCCCUGGAAGACCCAGGAAGACGAGUCUUCCCGAAUCCCCCACUGUCCCUCCAUCUCAGUCGUCCUCCUCCCCCCACUUCCCAGUCCCCGGCACCAGCUCAACUAGAGCUUAGUGGCUUUCAGGCAACGGAAGCUGUGUGACCUUGGGCAAGACACGGACCCUCUCCGGAACCCGCGGCGUUCCGACAUCCAGAAUGCAGUAAGGACGGCGCUGGAGUGCAGCGGUCUGUUCCCCGGACCUGCAGCCGCUCCAGGGCAGGGCUCUGGCCGCUCUGGCUCCCCGGCGGCUGGCACAGGGGGAGUCGGGGAAAUGUCUAGGACGGACAUGGCGAGGCCAAAGAGCUGCAGCGCGUCUCCGGCUCGCGGUCCGUGACCCGCCGGGGGUGGCGGUCGGGACGUGCGCGGGGCGCAGGGCACGCGGGGGCUCGGAGUACCCUGAGGCUCCCCGAGCUGGGGCGUGUGGACCUAGCAGACGGGGAGAAGAGCGGCGCAGCUCCCGCUGCCGGGCCCGGGACUGCGAGCUCCCACCGUGCGGGCUCCGGCAGAGGCCUGGCGGGAAGCCCCCGCGUGCGCUCCUCCGCCGGCCCGCGGCCGCCCCCUACCGCCGCCUGCUCGCCGGCCCUGCGCCCGGG